AUUGUGGGAGAACUUGAUUACUGAGCUUGUUCCGCGUCCCCGCACGAGAACGAGUAAGAGAACGCGAACUUCCCCGCACGGUAGCCAACGCGACGUUCCACCAAUAAGAACGCGCGCGCAACAUUACUUGCCCUCUGAACGUCACUGACGACAUUGUGAAGCAAGACAAACAAUUACCAUUGCAUUGGCAAGAGCGCGGAGCGAUACAGACAUGCGGCAUCGAAAUGCGAGGCGAUAGCGACGAAGACCAGCGGAGUAAGAGAGCGCGAACUUCACUUGAGGGGAACGCACGUGACAUCGCGAACCCGCCGAACGUCACGACUGGCACUGCACAGCAGCACGAGCAACACCAUCAACAGGAGCGCCGAGCGACACAGGCAUGCUUCCGAUGCCGCAAACAAAAGCUCCGCUGCCUUGGUGGCAGGCCAUGCGAAAGAUGUGUCAAGGCGAGUAAGGAAUGCGAUUUUGGCAAACCUGGACAUGCGUCCCCCGUCCCAAACUCAAACAACAACACGAACACGAACGGUGAUGUGGUUGAGGAUCGACAUGGGGCGGCAGCUAGAGCUAGCUUGGUGCGCUUGGAAGAUAGUGUCACCAACUUGUUAGCUGGUUUGCAGAACACUGGUACCAAUGGGACCGAUCUCUUCCCUGCCCUGACUGCAGCUCCUGCUACAGUUUCGUCCACGGUCCCCGUUACAGCUCCUGCUCCUGCUCCUGCUCCUCCACCACUCGAACCGUCGAGCUACCAUGCUACGGCUCUUACGAGUACUGCUACAACCGCUCUGCUUUCUACGUCUGAUCCCCUAACGACCCAGGGAUUAGGUCAUGUGAGGUUCGGUGAUUCGCCAGAAGUAAAUUUCAUAUCCCCUCAUUCGUACUCGAGCCGAACCGAGACAACAUCGCCAUCAGGAGAACACGACGUACGGACGGGUAAUGAGCAUAGAGAUAACGAGGGCGAGGAAAGGCUAGCUUCGGCCACCAAAGAUGGGUUUGGGCCGCCUUUCCAGUCGUUGGUAUACCAACCAUCAGUCUGGGAGAAUCGGGAAAGAUCAAAGCAGAACUCGCCGCUCCCUGAACCACGAGUGCAUUCUGCCCGCAUGCCACCGUGGGGUGUACGAGAUGAACCAGUCAGCUCUGGUGUAAUCGACCUUGCUUUAGCCAGAACCUUAUACACAUUGUCAGUGGUUCGGCGCCCCUCUCCUCCUUCACUACUACAUAAGCAACCGCACUGCUGACGUUCUGACCCCAGUUUUGUGGAACACUGCCAUCC